AUGGUUGAGCCGGUCCCUGAGUCCAUCAACUUUCCCUCUGAGGAGGAGAAGAUUCUGCAGCUGUGGAAAGACAAGGACUGCUUCCAGGAAUGCCUCAAACAGUCCAAGAACAGGCCUAGGUACACCUUCUAUGAUGGCCCUCCUUUUGCAACGGGUCUUCCGCACUAUGGGCACAUUCUAGCCGGCACCAUCAAGGACAUUGUUACUCGCUUUGCUCACCAGAGCGGCUUCCACGUGGACCGGCGAUUUGGCUGGGACUGUCAUGGCCUGCCUGUGGAAUAUGAGAUUGAUAAGACUUUGGGGAUCAAAGGGCCUGAUGACGUGGCCAAGAUGGGCAUCGACGAGUACAACAAGCAAUGCAGAGGCAUUGUCAUGAGAUACGCCGGCGAAUGGGAGACUUCAGUGAGGCGAAUGGGAAGGUGGAUUGACUUCAAGAAUGACUACAAGACUCUCUACCCAUGGUUCAUGGAGUCUGUCUGGUGGGUGUUCAGUCAACUGUAUGACAAGGGUCUAGUUUACAGAGGUGUCAAAGUCAUGCCUUUCUCCACUGCCUGCAACACCCCCCUGUCCAACUUUGAGUCCCACCAGAACUACAAGGAUGUUCAGGACCCGUCUGUGAUCGUCAACUUCCCAUUGGUUGGGAAUGAGGAUGUGGCUUUGAUCGCCUGGACAACCACACCCUGGACACUGCCAAGCAACCUGGCCCUCUGUGUGAACCCGGAGUUCUUGUAUGUCAAAGUCAAAGAUAACACCACAGAGAAGACCUACAUCAUGAUGGAGGCCAGGCUGGGAGCUCUGUUUAAGUCUGAGAGCGAGUACACUAUCCUGGACAAAUUUCCUGGCAAGACGCUGAAAGGGAAGAAAUACAAGCCUCUUUUCCAGUACUUUGCCAAGUGUGGGGAGCAAGGAGCGUUCCAGGUGGUGACUGAUAACUACGUCAAGGAGGAAGAGGGUACAGGAGUGGUCCACCAGGCGCCUUACUUUGGAGCUGAUGAUCACAGGGUGUGCACAGAAUUCAACAUCAUCCAGAGGGACCAGGCUCCUAUCUGCCCUGUGGACGCCUCGGGCUGCUUCACUUCAGAGGUCACUGACUUCGUGGGACAGUAUGUCAAAGAUGCCGACAAGAAUAUCAUCAAGUGGCUGAAGGAGAAUGGUCGCCUCGUCAAUGCCAGCAGUUUCAAACAUAGUUAUCCCUUCUGCUGGAGGUCUGACACGCCUCUGAUCUACAAAGCAGUCCCCAGCUGGUUUGUCCGAGUGGAGCACAUGGUGGACAAACUGCUGGACAACAACGGCAAGUGCUACUGGGUUCCAGAGUUCGUGCGUGAGAAGCGUUUCGGGAACUGGCUGAGAGACGCAAGAGACUGGGCAAUUUCCAGGAACCGUUACUGGGGCACGCCGAUCCCUCUCUGGGUCAGCGAUGACUUCGAAGAGGUGGUGUGUGUCGGGUCCAUGGCCGAACUGGAGGAGCUGACCGGAGUCAAAGUAACUGAUCUACAUCGGGAGAGCAUUGACCAUCUGACAAUCCCGUCACGGUGCGGUAAGGGCGUGCUCCGGAGGGUCACAGAGGUGUUUGACUGCUGGUUCGAGAGCGGCAGCAUGCCUUACGCCCAGUCUCACUACCCCUUCGAAAACAGAAAGGAGUUUGAAGACACUUUCCCCGCCGACUUCAUCGCUGAAGGCAUUGACCAGACGAGGGGAUGGUUCUACACCCUGCUGGUGCUCUCCACUGCGCUAUUUGGCAAACCGCCCUUCAAGAAUGUCAUUGUUAACGGAUUGGUACUCGCCAGCGAUGGACAGAAGAUGAGCAAGCGCAAGAAGAACUAUCCAGAUCCAGGGCUGAUAGUGCAGAGCUAUGGAGCUGAUGCCCUCAGGUUGUACCUCAUCAACUCUCCCGUAGUGAGAGCAGAGAACCUGCGUUUCAAAGAGGAGGGGGUGCGAGAUGUGCUGAAGGAUGUCUUCCUGCCGUGGUAUAAUGCCUACCGCUUCCUGGUGCAGAACGUACAAAGGUUACAGAAGGAGGAGGAGAUUCAGUUCCUGUACAAUGAAAACACGGCGAAGCAGAGUGACAACAUCAUGGACAAAUGGAUUCAGUCCUUCACGCAAUCCCUCAUCCAGUUCUUCAAGGCUGAGAUGGACGCUUACCGCCUGUACACCGUCGUGCCUCGCUUGGUCAAGUUUGUGGACAUGCUCACCAACUGGUACGUCAGGACCAACAGACGCCGCCUGAAGGGAGAGAGUGGCACAGAGGACUGCCUGUGGGCGCUGGAAACCCUCUUCAGCGUUCUGUUCUCCAUGUGCAGGCUGAUGGCUCCCUUCACACCCUUCAUUACAGAGAUGAUGUACCAAAAUCUGCGUCACCUCAUCGACCCCGCCGCUGUCGAGGAAAAGGACGCCAGCAGCAUUCACUAUCUCAUGCUGCCCCAAGUCAGGGAGAGUGUGAUUGACCAGCGCAUUGAGAGCGCCGUCUCUCAGAUGCAGUCUGUGAUCGAGCUCGGCAGAGUUAUCCGAGACAGGAAGACCCUGCCCGUCAAGUACCCAUUGAAGGAGGUGGUAGUUAUUCAUCAGGAUCAGGAGGCUCUGAAAGACAUCCAGUCCCUGCAGAAAUACAUCCUGGAAGAGCUGAACGUGCGACAGUUGACGCUGUCAACAGACAAGGACAAGUACGGCAUCCGUCUGAGAGCAGAGCCAGACCACAUGGUGCUGGGCAAGAGACUAAAGGGAGCCUUCAAAGCCGUCACUGCUUCUAUCAAGGAACUCACUAGCGAGCAGCUAGAAGCCUUCCAGAAGACAGGAUCCAUCACAGUGGAUGGCCACGAGCUUCAUGAAGAGGACCUGAGGCUCAUGUACACCUUUGACCAGAGCUCUAGCUCCGCUGCACAAUAUGAAGCACACUCUGAUGCACAGGUCCUGGUGCUGCUGGAUGUCUCACCAGACCAGUCCAUGCUGGAUGAAGGCGUUGCCCGAGAGGUCAUCAACCGUAUUCAGAAACUGCGCAAGAAGGGCCAUUUGGUGCCAUCCGAUGAGAUAACUGUGCACUACCGCUGCCAGCCAGAGGGGGAAUACUUGGACUCUGUGAUCCAGGCACACACUGACUUCAUCCUGGCUACCACCAAGGCUCCACUGUUGCCCUUCCCUGUCCCCAAGACUGCCAGUGUCAUCAUAGAAGAAAAGACUCAGCUGAAGGGCUCAGAUUUAGAGUUAACCAUAAUAAAGGGAUCUUCAGCCCCUCGUGCUCCACUAAAUGGACCAGCUUGCUCCUAUGUGAACAUCAGGGUGAACGUCAACAACAAGGAACAAGAGGGGGUGGUGUUGUUGGAGAACCCCAAAGGUGAUAACAGACUAGACCUGGACAAGCUGAAGCGAGUGAGCAGCAGCAUCUUUGGAACCAAUAACACCCUGCUCAGAUUCUUCAAUGGCAGCACUGAGUUGACCAGCAAAAUGGACCUCCAGGCUCUGAGCGGUAAAACUUUGACCGUGACCUCAGGCUCUUCCUCCCCUGGCCCCGCCCCUGCCCCCACCACCGACACCCUCCUGUGCCCAUACGUGAACCUGCUGCUCUGCAACGCACAACCAGCCGAGUGUCAGACAGGAGAGGUGGGCACCCUCCUGCUGAUGAACCCAGUGGGUCAGAAUGGACUCGACUACUCAGGCCUGCUGUCUGAGGCUGGCAAGGUUUUCGGCCUCCGCAGCAGACGGCUCAGACUCUACCUGGACCAGGACCUUACCCAGGAGGUACGAGCUGAUUCAUCAAUAAAAUCUCUUGACACCAAAACUCUCUUUGUGAGAGUUCUUCCAACAACCGCUGAAGCAUAAAUCCAGAGAAGCCAUCUAAGGAUCUUGACAUUAAAAUGGACAUCGAUCAACAUUCGUCUCAGACGCCUUGCAGGUUCCCCAAGUUUUUUUUACCACAGAAAUCCCACAUAUAUCUUCUUUUGAAGUACAAUUCAUGACAUUGAGUGGCAUCAUUUGUUUCAGUCUUUUGAUGUGGAGCAGAUUUGUCUGUCCAGUUUACAACUAGCUAAACCAUGAAGUCUUUAUCACCAUGUUUUUAAAUUUCAUGAGACAAUUUAAGCGCAGAAUUGGCACCGAAAGAGUUUCUAGAGAUGUGAUGAUAUCUCCAAUUAUUCAUCAUGUUUAGCCAAAACUUACAGUACUGUUCCUCCUGUUUCUUUCCCUUGUGUCUUUAAUUUGUCAGCAAUAACAUGUGACGGUUUUCUCAGAAAGCACAGUGUGUUGCUAAGCUAUGUUUACUCUGGACAGAUAAAAAAAGUAACAAGAAACAAAGUGGAUGCUUUUCAAGAACAGAAUAAUUAAUCAUAUAUAACUGCUGAAUACACCUGCUGGAUAUAUACUGUUUGUAUGAAAGUGUGGCUGCUCAUGUAAAAUGGGAUUUCAUCAAACUACACCAGAAAGAAAUUCCAAAGGCCGACUUACCUCAGAUUUAAAGACUUUUUUUUUCAGUCAUGUUUCAUAACUCUUCAUGGAAAUAAGGAGGGAGCUGUCUAACCUGUCUAGCUGUCAAUAUUAACAAUGGUUGUCAUUUCUUUAUUAUGCUAAUGAUACAAAUUAUGCAAGCUACUUCCCUUCAAGGCAUAUUUGAGGUGAGCUUAGUCCAGAGUAAUUAUGGCUGUGGCUCAUAAUUGGGAAACCAAUUUGGCCUAUUGUGCUCACACACAUUUUUGAAUUUAACAGAUAAACCUAUUCUGUUCAUUGCAUUGGGAAUCCUUUGACAAUUGUAAAGGCAUUUAAGAGGUGAAAUGGAUUUUCAGGCUGCUGUACCUUCAGGACAAAAGGGUUCUGUCAGAAAAAGAGCAACAAAUGGAUAAUGUACUAUUUUAGGUGACAAAUUGAAUAAAUCAAAGGUGACUAAGAAUCA